ACGGGACAAAGAGGGAAAGAAUGAUACCUACGAGCACCAUCGGCGGUCCGAUGGAAUUCACUUUGCGGCUGAUCGGCGUUUGGCCGGAUUCCUCGUGUAGAUACCUGAUGCGCGUCGUUUGGACGAUGGCGAUGGUUGCCUCGCAGUUCUUGCAGUAUUGGUACCUCUUCGCUCACAUCGGUUCCGAUACUCUGCCAAACCUCAUGGACUCUAUGAGUCUGUGCUUAUCGAACAGCCUGCUGUUUCUGAAGUUGAGCCUUCUCUGGCUGAACGGGCGUAUUAUUUAUGAUAUUCUUACGAUGAUGGCCGAAGAUUGGAACGAGUGCGCGUCCACUCGAUCAAAACUGCAGCCGAUGGUGAACAAAGCGAUUUUAUCCCAUCGAUUUUCAAAAUGCAGCAUCGGUGCAUAUACAAUCGUGCUACUUUUAUUUGGGGCGAGUGACGUGAUCGCUCAAAAGAGCGCGGGCUCUGAGCAACUUGUCGAAGAGAAGCGGUUUAUUGUUAAAAUGAAACUGCCGUCCAAGUGCAGUGCGUCGCCGUUUUACGAAAUUGUCAUGCUCACGCAAUUUCUUCUGCAAUUCACGUCGGCAAUCGUAGCGGGAAUGCUGAAUGCUCUCAUGGUGACAUUCAUACUCCACAUCGCCGGUCAGAUCGACGUAAUGUGUCAUGAAUUGCUGGAGAUCCCUGUUGCCGAGGACAAACGCGACUCGCGUAUAGUCGCAUUGAGAUCUGUCGUGAAUAGACAUCAAAGGAUUAUUGCCUUAGCGGACAAUAUCGAGGAUGUGUUCUGUUACAUGGCACUGAUGCAGUUUCUCUCAAACACGUUCGUUAUUUGCUUCCUCGGAUUCGUAAUUGUAACUUCGUUAAACUCUCCCGACAUCGUGAUGAUGAAGAUCUUACCUUAUUACGCCGUCGUGAACUUGGAAGCGUUUAUACUUUGCUACAGUGGCGAAUAUCUCAGUUCCAAGAGCAAGACUAUAAACCGGGCGGCGUACAAUUCAUUUUGGUACGAAUUAAAGCCUACGGAGAGUAAAAUUUUGUUCUUAUUAAUAUUGAGAUCUCAGAAGGAAUUGGCAAUUACAGCCGGAAAAUUCAUAGAUUUAUCUUUGGAGGGUUUUACGAGCAUUCUGAAGGCAUCUGCGUCUUAUGUGUCGGUGUUACACGCCAUGUAUUGAAACACAAAACUAUAAAAAUCUUGUACAAAUAUAGAUGAAAAUUAAACUCUUGCGGUGCAAUAAACGCCUCGAAUCGAAAUAUUAACUGACGUAUAGCAAGAAUUGUAUAAACGAAUAUUUAAAUAUGUGCAAAAGUACUUUUUUGUGCGGCUUUAUUCAUUUCUCGCUAUUUAUUUUGCCUUCAAAAUAGAGAUAAGUCCAUCGAUUAAUAAAGAAAAAGAGAACAAAGAGAGGCCAAUUCAUAACAAAAUUAUUUGUCCGGUAACAUA